UGUAUAUAUACGCGACCCUUUGAACCUUCUCCGAUAGCGGGGCUUACUUUUCAUGCAAGCUGUAUAACAGUAUAGAUCACAUAACAACCAUGAUUCAACAAUGUAGCCGUGUUUUUAUGUUAAGCUUCUUGUUUCUUGAUUUGACACUUUGUACCAGCUUUCGAGAAUCCCGUCGAUGGCUUCUAAUUCCGGAGUGUCCAGAGGGAACAGAGUUUCACUGUAAUCAUCAUCAUCAUUCAGCAAUACCGGAUUGUGACUGCAUAACCACACCUUCUACAACGCCAAUCUCGACCGAGUGCUCCUCUGAUGUAAACUGUUCUGGUUUCAACUGUCCAAUGCAACAAUAUCCAUUUUGUGAACCCAAUUUGGAAGGGUCUGCUUGUGGAUGUACAGAGUGUACCGAUGACCAUCACUGUAAUUGCUCAACAGGAAUGGUUGGCCACUGCAGGGACGAUACUUUUGAAAGGAAAUGUGAAUGCAGACAAAUGCCUGAUGUCAACUGUAAAAGUGAUUCAGACUGCAGCACACACGUGUGUUCAGGAAACUUCAGUCAGUCCUUCUGCCACGAGAAAAAAGUCCUUGUCUAUGACUUUUCGUCAUGUGAUUGUAGAGAAUGCUCAAAGGACUCAGAUUGCCAGUGUCAGCCAGGGUUGAUUCCGUUAUGCCAGAAUACAGUGUUUGGGAAUGUUUGUCACUGUAAACAAAUUAACGCCACCACAGCCCCAACACACCUAACAGUUGCAACUACAGCAGCAACACAACCCGUGAAAACAACCAUAGCAGGGUUGAUAUGCCCUGAAUGUGACACCAACCUGACUUGUGUGUGGGAUCGGUCCUGCUACCCCGGUCAAGUAUGCAUGCUGCAGCAAUAUCGCAGGGAUCCGUUCACAGUGCAUUGUUCUGAGAAAAUAGACUGCCUUUUUAUGAAGAAGAAUAUGAUCGGCACAGAGAUAAUUUGUUGCGAAGACCACCAAUGUAUUUCUAACAUCUUACCUCAAACAUAAUUGCAAAAAAAAGAUAGAAAAAAUCCUUAAAUGAAAAAUGUGUUGAAACUGUUUUCCAAAUGAGUAUAAUUUGGUCGAAAAAAUGUUAACUGUUUGAAUUUAUAUUUUUAUUCGUUUAUUGUAGUAAAGUUAUUUUAAUAAU